AUGGCCGACAGACCCUUCCCUCCCACCACCAAGUCCCCCGCCGCCGCCAACGGUGGCGGCCUCACGGCCAACGGCUCCUUCCCCGCCACCAAGGGCCAACUCUACGGCGAAGCCACCCGCUCCGCCGCCUACCGCCCGCAGCCCAUGAAGGGCGGCCGCCGACGCCGACACCGCCGCGGCUGCUGCUGCCGCUGCUGCCUCUGGACCACCGUCGCCCUCCUCGUCGUCCUCCUCCUCAUCGGCGCCGCCGCCGCCGUCUUCUACGUCCUCUACCGCCCGCAACGCCCCACCUUCACCGUGACCUCCCUCAAGGUCUCCUACAUAAACAUCACCACCUCGUCCUCCACCCUCAGCUCCAAGUUCGACCUCACCGUCUCCGCUCGGAACCCCAACAGCAAGCUCGUGUACAUCUACAGCCCGACUUCGGUGUCGGUCGUCAGCGCCGACGGCGGCGGCGUCGACCUGGGCGACGCGACGAUCCCGGCCUUCGUGCACGGGAAGAAGAACACAACGGUGCUGAAGACGUCGAUCGCCAGCACCGGCCAGCAGGUGGACAGCACCGCCGCGAGCGCGCUGAAGUCGGGCCUGAAGAGCAAGAACGGGCUGGCGCUGAAGAUCAGGCUGGAGACGAAGGUGAAGGUGAAGAUCGGCGGCUUGAAGACGCCGAGGGUCGGAAUCCGCGUCACCUGCGGCGGUAUCAGGGCGACCGCUCCCGCCGCCGGGAAGUCGGCUGCCACGGCGUCGACGGCGAGCGCGAAGUGCAAGGUGGAUACGAGGAUCAGGAUCUGGAACUGGACGCUUUAG